UAUCAAGCUCUUUGACGAAACAUUUCCGUUUGAAUACCGUCCAGGUCUUCCAAAUUCCGUAUGUCUUCCGAGGGAUCCGAAAGUGACGACACUGUAUGAGACCGGCGGUUUCCUCGCUGCGUUAUAAUAAGGAAUAUCGACUUUGGACUGCGAAUUAUCCUUGUUCCUUCUCAUCAAGAUGAAGAAAAGCAUUGUACCCGACCGUUCUAUCCAAAUUUGUGCCGACAGAGGUGGUACUUUCUGUGAUGUACAUGCAUCUUAUCCGGAUCCUGAAAACUCAGAAAAGAGGAAGGAGAUUGUUGUUAAAUUGUUGUCUCAGGAUCCAUCAAACUACUCUGAUGCACCAACUGAAGGUAUCCGACGUGUACUCGAAAUCGUGACUGGAGAAAGCAUUCCGAGAAAUGUUGUGUUGAAUACAGACAAAAUAGAUUACAUUCGUCUAUCAACAACCGUCGCCACCAACGCACUCUUGGAACGCAAAGGCCACAAACACGCUUUGUUAAUCACGAAAGGUUUCAAAGAUCUUCUGCUUAUCGGUAAUCAGUCUCGACCAAAGAUCUUUGAUCUAAAUAUCCGCCGACCUCCUCCAUUAUAUACAAAAGUUGUAGAGGUCGACGAACGGGUGACCCUAGUAGGAUACACAUCCGAUCCGCAAGCGGAAGAGCAUGCGGUUCAAUUUGAUGAAAACGGAAAAGUCAAACGAGGUUAUCGUGGGAUGGGAUGGGAUGGUGAAGGUGACGCUGAAGGCCCAGGAGAAAUUGUACAGGGCAUUUCUGGAGAAGCUGUCAGAAUUAUUAAAAAGCCAGAUGCGGAUGUUCUCAGAAAAGAUCUUCAAGCGCUAUAUGAUGAAGGUUACCGCUCCAUCGCAAUCGUUCUGGUUCAUUCGUACACGUACCCAGAACAUGAACGCUUCGUUGGAUCCAUUGCCCGCUCGAUAGGCUUUGAACACGUUUCUGAAUCUGCACAACUCCUACCUAUGAUAAAGAUGGUUCCUCGUGGCGUCUCGUCUACCGCAGAUGCUUACCUUACACCAAUAUUGCGAGACUAUCUCAACGGUUUUUUCAGUGGAUUUGAUGAGAAGCUGAAAGAUGGAAGGUUGAAAAGUCCAAGGGUGGAAUUCAUGGGGAGUGACGGCGGUUUGGUUGACUAUCAAUGGUUUUCAGGACUGAAGAGCAUAUUGAGCGGACCCGCAGGUGGGGUGGUAGGCUACGCGUUAACAAGCUGGGACGAGACGAGGAAGAGACCUAUCAUUGGUUUCGACGUUGGCGGAACAUCAACCGACGUCUCUCGUUUUGCCGGACGAUACGAGGUUGUAUAUGAAACUUCUACUGCAGGAGUUACCAUCCAGAGUCCACAGUUGGAUAUCAACACUGUCGCUUCCGGUGGUGGCUCCUGCCUACAAUUCCGAAACGGACUUUUCGUCACCGGACCUGAGAGUGCAGGAGCUCAACCCGGUCCUGCCUGUUAUCGCAAAGGCGGUCCUCUCGCUGUUACUGACGCAAAUUUGCUUCUGGGACGUAUCAUACCGGACUAUUUCCCCAAAAUUUUUGGCAAGAGCGAGAAGGAGCCGUUGGAUGUGGAUGCUUCUCGGGUUUUGUUUGAAAAAGUGGUGGAUGAGGUGAAUGCUUCUGGAAGUUCAACGGGGACAGAUGCGGAUGCGGGGUCAAGGAAGAAGUUAAGCAUGGAUGAAGUUGUUUAUGGGUUCAUCAAAGUCGCGAAUGAGACAAUGUGCCGCCCUAUACGAGCAUUAACGGAGGCUAGAGGAUAUGCGACGUCGAAGCAUAUUCUAGCAUCCUUCGGGGGCGCAGGCGGUCAACACGCUUGUGAAAUUGCGAAAUUACUGGGGAUCAACACCAUCCUGAUACAUCGCUAUAGUUCUAUACUAUCAGCUUAUGGGCUAGCGUUGGCCGAUCGAGCGUACGAGGUCCAAGAACCCUCAUCGACAUUUUACACCCCUCAAAACCGUCCGUUGUUGAUUUACCGCAUGGAUAAAAUAGAGACAGAUGUACGAGAGGAACUGAAGAAACAGGGAUUCGAAGGGAACAGAGUGCACGUGGAGAGAAUGCUGAACAUGCGAUUUGAGGGAACGGAUACCUCGUUGAUGGUUCUUCCGGAUCCAAACGAGAGAUUAGAGGGAGAGGAUGGCGGAGAUGGAGGGGAAGAUUUCUUGAAGGCUUUCAGGAGAGUGUAUAAGGCCGAGUUCGGAUUCCUGUUAGAGGGAAAGACAAUCAUUGUCGAUGAUAUCAAGGUACGAGGAAUUGGCAAGACGUUUGACACUCUAGGAGAGUCUGUCUACAAUGAGGUAGAAAAAUUACAAUCCUCAAACGCCAUCAAAGCUGUGAACUCUUUCGAUCCGUCAUUGUCACCGGUGAAACCAGACAAAGCCGACGCGACGUGGAGCGUGUAUUUUGACGAGCCUGUUGGCAGAGUGGAUAAUACACCUGUAUUCCAACUAGAGAAGUUGGAGAUUGGAGAUGAGGUUCAUGGACCUGCGAUGAUCAUUGAUGAUACACAGACUAUUGUGGUCAUCCCAGGAGCGAGAGCUUUAUUGACCAGCAAGCAUUUGUAUAUCACCCUCCAGUAGAAGCCGUAUAUGUAUAGUACUUCUGAGA